CUCAGGUGCCACAGGUGCCACAGGUGCCACAAAGCCAUGAAGCUCUUGCCUCUUUGGCCGCUGCUUCUGCUGCUUCCGCAGCUUCCGCAGGCCUGGUGGUGUGACACCAGUGCGCGCACGGGCUGCCGCGGUGAACCACGGCAGUUUCGAAGAGACAUGGGACAGCUGGAUCCCUUCGACCGCUUCCAAGAAUCUCUUUCCAGGAUCCGUGUCUCGUACGAAGAUGAGCCGCUGCUGGUGGAUUGGGACAAGGAUGGAGACCUUGAUGUGAUCGUGAGGACCAAGCAAAAGCUCAUCCUCUUUGAGUCGAGGCGCGAUGGCUUUGUACAAGUGGAGCCCAAUCCCUUUGAAGGCAUGGAAGAAGCCUUGAGUGCAUUGUGAGGCUUCAAAAUGACAAUUUCUUGUUGGAGGUUUGGUUUGGUCUUUUAACUUUUCUCAUUCAGAAGAUUCAUAAGAGAUGCCGGAGCUUGCUCAGUCGUGAGAGACUCGUGAUGAGUUUGGUAAUGUAUCAUAGUUCAUUUUUUCCGCCUAAAGCCCUUGCUUGAGUCAGGGACAAGAAAAAUCAUUUGAAAGCAGCAGAGCUGGUAAGGAACCCGGGUAUUGCAGACCAGCCAUUGUGGAUUGGAAUGGAGAUGGACAUUGGGAUGUCUUGCUCGGGACGAACUUGGGCAUUCGAUACUAUCAGCGCCUCCCAUUUGCGCAGGGCUUUGAGGAGCAGCUGGGUGCGAAGAACCCCUUUGGAGUGGUUGCUGGAGGGAAUCUCUGCGGAGACCUCUCUGUGGCUGAUUGGGAUGGGGAUGGAGACUUAGAUCUCCUGGUCGUUUAUGCCUUCACUAGAAUGAACUAUUUUCAGCAGGUCAAUGGUAGCCUAGUCCUUGUGAACAGCAGCGCGACCCCCUUUCAAGAUGUCAUGGAGCAAACGCUGUAUCGACGACCAGUCAUGGCAGAUUGGAAUGCUGAUGGUCGAAUGGACUUGCUCUUAAUGCCCAAGGUCUUUCCGAGAAUGCAGGGCUCCUGGUUCAAUGCCUAUGAUUGUGCCGUGCUAUUGUAUUUGCAGCUUGAAGAGCCUGGUCCAUCGCUGCAAUGGCAGUCGAACUCAGUCUUCUUGAAUGAAGACUGCAAGUACUUCAAAGCUUCGGGGCUCUCUUUGGUUGAUGUUGAUGGUGACGGUGACUUGGAUGUGGUUUUCGGAGGUUUCAAUGCACCUUUAAGCGUCUUCGAGCACAAGGUCUCCAAUGGCAGCCACUUUCUGGAAGCGCGAAAGAAGGCAGCCAGUAGCUUGAUAGAUUUGAAUCAGGUGGACUUGGGGAAUCUGCAGGAUCUUUUUGGUCUUGGCUUGGUGGUGGCCAACUUCUUCAAACCUACCUUGGUGGAUUGGGACUUGGAUGGCGAUCUAGAUUUAGCUCUAGUCCAGUUGGAGAAGAGCCGCUUUUUCGAACAAAGAGAUGGCAAGGUCGUUGAGGUGGCCUCACCUCCCAGCAACUUUUCUUGUCCACUUGAUUGGCGCCUUGACUUCAGUACGGCUGAUUUUGAUGGAGACGGCUUGUUGGACUUGUUGGGCUUUGAUGAGAACUACGGGGCCGUCGUGUGCGUCAGGCAAGGCUCCGAUUUCGUGGCUCUGGAGACGCAUCCAUUCCGAAGAGAGCUUGAAGCGAUGGAAAACCGGGCCAUGUUAGGUUUUCCUUCCUUCUUGGAUUGGGAUGGAGAUGGAGAUGUGGAUGUCUUGAAGAUCGAGGGUGAUAGGUUGUAUCUCAUAGAGAACUUAGGCAACAGCAGCUUUCUCCGACAGCUGCUUCCUGUGCCCAUGGCUCGCGACUUUGUUGCGGCAGACUUUGAUGGGGAUGGAGACGUUGAUCUCAUGAUGGCUUUCUUCAACACCAAGGGUUGUCACUACUUUGAACGGACGGGCGACGGAAGUUUGGAGAGGUUGCAUGGCUCCGAUAAUCCCUUCGAAGGUGUUUGUGAGGUCACUAGCACUGCAGCUGGGAACAGUCUGAGCUCGCUUGCGACCAUCGGAGAUUGGAACCAGGAUGGUUUGUUGGACCUUGUGGUGGUCUAUGAACAGAUCAACCUGUGGUUGAACGAAGAACGGAAAGACUUUGUGGGUUUGGUGUCUUCCAACGAUUUGACCCACUUUCCUGAAGCUGCUUUGCAGUCAAAGCCCAGAGUGAGCUUGGUAGAUGCAGAUGGUGAUGGUGACCUGGACCUCGUGGUUCCACCUCAGAAGCCGGUCUCGGCCUUGGGCGACGCAAGAUAUAGAUACUUUGAACAUCUAGAUUCGGGAGGGCUAGUUGAACGCUUGGGUGUGGUCAACCCAUUUCAUGGCGCCCCGCCAGGAGAUGCAGACAUGGCAACAAAUACCCCGCAAAACCACAUGAUUGUUGAUGUUGACGGAGAUGGUGACUUGGACAUAGUCCGGGGAUAUUUGCAGUAUGCCCAGCAACAAGGCGAUGGUCAAUUUGUUUUUUUAGAAGGUGCAGACAACCCCUUUGCAGGGGUAGCCCUUGACCGAUGGGAUUGCUGGACCUUGGCCGAUUUCGAUGAAGAUAGCGACAUGGACUUGGUGGUAGUAGAGGUAGAGACAAACCUCACAAUGCAACGGCUUCUUAUGCAGGAAUAUUUGGCAGGACGAAUGGAAAAGGAUGACUUUCUGGCGGCAGUGGCAAGCAAAGUUCGCUUCUAUGAGCAGGUCAACUCCACUUUCACCAAGCAGGUAGGCGCAGCAAACCCUUUCCGCAACAUGACCCUGACGGCCGAUCUAGUGGGUGCCUUGUGUCCUACCUUAGUGGAUCUGGACCAGGACGGGGAUCUAGACUUGAUCCUAGAAGAUGCUGAAGGCCACCUGCUCUUCUACCAGCAGGGCAGCAGUGGCUUUGAGAUCCUUCCAGGUCAUUUUUCGGAGGUCUCCAUCCGGAAGCGACAUAACCGCAAGGACGACCCAAGAGCAUCUCAUUUUGUUGAUUGGGAUGGAGAUGGCUUGAUGGAUUUGGUGAACUUUGAAGGAGAUGCCUUGCAAUACUUUCAGCGAGGGGUUUGUUCACCAGUGGCUUCCUAUUGUAAACUGGGGCUCUGCAGGCAGCAAGCCCUGAAGUCGUACAAAUGCGAGUGUGUUCAAGGUGCUGAGGGAGAUGAUUGUAGCCUUUGCGGAGAACACCAUGUGCGUGAGGGGAAUGCUUGUAAGAAAUGCCCUGGGUACAAGACGCUGGCUGGUACAUGCAGCCGCCGUGGUACCUGCGAUGAUGAUUCUGACGCGAGGGAACGGCAGAGGAAUUUCAACCAGUCAGGUUUCAAGGUUUGGUCUGCUAUUGGAACGGGCGAAUGUACCUGCAUAGCACCCUUUCAUGGCCGUGGGUGUCGCGAAGGCCUUUGCCCCCCAGGGCAGCGCUUGGAAAGAGAUGCGGUGGUGGAGCAGAUUUCGCCGAAGUACCCCAGAUGGGAUGCUUGUGUCCCCUGCGAAGCUGGCCGUUACAAGAACCACACAGGCAACGAGGAAUGUUCCAUUUGCCCUGCUGGCUUCAUUUCUCCUACCACACAUGCACUGACUUAUUCCGCUUGUCCCCCCGGGCACGUGCCCAUGCCGGACCGCCUCCGCUGCCGCCGCUGCGAUGCCGGCUACGUGGCGGAGCCAGGAGACCCGGACUGUCGACCUUGCCCGGCAGGCAGCGCGCCAGAUGCUGAGGGCGGCGAAUGUGUGAAGUGUGGGGUGGGCAAAUAUGCCGAGGCAAGGUCAAGCAAAUGCAGCUUUUGUGCUGUGGGCUGGGUGCCAGAUACUUCAGAUGACAGAGGGAGGUGCAAGAAGUGCGACGGUCAAACGUAUGCCUUGCCUGGUGAUGAAAGUUGCAAAACUUGUUUCUUUCCAGCAAUGAUCCUUGCAGACGAGAACCUCUGCUCACCGAUGUAUUCAGUUCUUUUCUUGCUCCUAUUUAUUAUCUUGUUGCUGGUGGCUGUGGGGGUGUAUAGUUGGCUACGACUCAGAUGUCUCAAGCGAAAGAUGGAUGAGCAGGUGGAGGCAGAAAGAUGGGAGGAUCUGCAUUCCCUUUCAACUUCAUGUUUAGAAUAUGGAAUCUGCAGAGGAAGGGCGGAUGGUGCGAUUGAAGCCAGAAAAGAGGAGGUGAAAUUGGAAUCUCUUCAGCUUGGAAUCUGUUUGAACUAUGUCUUUCAAGACUUGGAUCGGGUUUAUGAGGACACGGCUAGACAAGCAGAAUGGCGACAGGAGGAUUGUGAGCUCACUAAAAGUGGCUACUUUGCCAAGAACCGCAGCAGGAGCAUCCAGGAAUUGGAGAGAGGCUGGAGCGCCCUGCCACUAUGUCAGGCGCCGCAAAACCCAAACUUUCAUCAAGUGGCUGGCAUCCUGGCCUAUGGGCCAUGGGCCUUGGGCAAGAACCAGUGUUGCCCCAGGGACGGCAAGAUGGAUUGCAGUAUUGUGGAUGCCUUGCGGGCUUCCAGGAAUAGCUCCAAGGCUACAUGGUUUUUGUCUUGGGUAUGGAGCUACAAGCUUUUGGACGUUCACAGGGCUUUGGAACGAUGGUGGGAUACGCAAGCACAGGUGUCAGGCCGAGAAGAUUGCACUGAGAUCUUCAUUUGGUGGUGCGUUUUUGUGAACAACCAGUUCAGGAUGUUGGAAGGAAAUCAGGUUGAAGAGCCCGAGAAAUUAUUUAGCGUUUUCGGCAAGCAGUUGAAAGGAAUUGGGAAGAUGCUAAUGUGUUUCGACAAGUUGAGUGGUUGCGCUUAUACCACGCGCAUCUGGUGCAUUUUCGAAGUGUUCGUCGCCUGUACGGAGGAGAUACCGACCACAUUGAUUUUGCCAGAUGUCCAAGUCACAGGCGUCAACACCCUAGGCGACUUGACGCAGGAAUGUCGCGUGAACGCUGAAGCGGCCAGCGCCUACUUUGCGGCGGACGCAGAAGCCAUCAAGAAGCGCAUCAAAGAGAAGCACAAAGGGUUCAGGCAUGUGAACCAAACGGUGGAGAAAGAGCUCUGGUGUGAGGUCAUCAAAUAUCUGGACGGUAGGUCUCAACCUCCUACAACAGCCGCACCUGUCACAGCUGUUGCGCCACCUGCCGCCAUGCCGGUGGGGCAAGCGCCGGGUGUGCAAGAUGUGUCUGAGCAGACUGAAGUGUUGCAGAGGCCUCGUCCGACGUGCUGCCUUCAGUGAAUUGAAAUUCUGAGGUAUAGUUGAUGAUAGCUGAUAGUUGAUGGAUGAACAUGCAGUUUUGAAGGGUGCUGGCUCCAACAAAAUGCUGAUUCUCCC